AUGGCGGCAUUUUGAAUUUUACUAAAAUUCACAAGGCAAGGGGUCUUUUGGGUUAAAUGUUAUCAAUCGAUUCCAGAUAGGGCAGUUAGAGGAAGAUGGAGAAGGAGGAUAUAAUAAGAAAGGCAGAGGAGUUGGUAGAGAAUGCAAUGAGAGGAAACGACGCUUCACAUGAUGCUGCCCAUGCCUUUCGAGUUAGAGACCUUGCCCUUUCACUUGCUCACCAGCAAGCCCUUUCUUCUCAUUCCAUGCUAAUCGUGGAACUGGCUGCUCUUCUGCAUGAUAUAGGUGACUACAAAUACGUAAGAGAUCCAUCUGAGGCAAGGAUUGUUGAGCAAUUUCUUCAGGGUCAAGGCAUAGAGGAAGAGAUGAAGAUCAAGAUUUUGGAUAUAAUUAAGCUGAUGGGUUUCAAGGAAGAAGUUGGAGGGCUUGCAAAUAUGAAUCAUUCCAUAGAGUUUGGGGUGGUGCAAGAUGCCGAUCGGCUUGAUGCUAUUGGUGCAAUAGGAAUCGCCCGUUGCUUUACUUUCGGCGGAAGCAGGCAUAGAGUUCUCCAUGACCCAAGAAUUCAACCUCGAUCAGAUCUGUCUAAGGAAAAUUACAUGAACAAAGAAGAGCAAACUACUGUGAAUCAUUUUCAUGAGAAGCUUCUCAAAUUGAAGGACUUGAUGAAGACAGAGGCUGGGAAGGAAAGGGCUGAAAAAAGGCACAAAUUUAUGGAGGAUUUUCUGAAGGAGUUCUAUGAAGAGUGGGAUGGGAGGGCUUAAAUGAGGGAGCAGUUUUCCACUUGAUGUUUCGUGUUCCUAAAUAUUAGUAGUUCUUUGUCUUGGUUGCACAUAACCAAAUUUCAAAAGUUCUAUAUAUAAUAAACUAAUUGACGGAGAACGUCUGCAUCCUAUGAUAGUCUCAUUAACAUAAAAGGAGAAUAGCUCUGAUUGAAGCAGAAAUGGUACAAAUUCUUUAACAUACCAGGACAUACGGUGGUAAAAGAGCUAAAGCACUUGUCUUGUUAGAUAGAAGUAGUGUAUGCUACUUCAGUUUCCUGAUUAAGCUUUCCACAAUCCAUUUAUUUGUUUGAAUGAAAGAAUCUGCCUUUAGGAAUCAGCAACUUACCACUGCCUAUCCUCUUCCUUGUUUGAAGAUCCUGAUAAAGACGAUGAUCAGGAAAGAGCUCAAUACUAUAACUUAUUUCUUUGGUGAUGGAGCUAACAGGUAAUAAGGUAACAGGAAACUCAGGUACACUUUGCUUGGAGAUCCUAAUAAUAGUCAAUCUCCUGCCAUAACCUUCUUAACACUGAAUAAUUAUCUGUGAUAGUCAACUCACUUGCUUAGUGACAUGAACUUUAUUUCGAAUCUCAAAUAUUUGGGCAUCAUUAUCCUUGCAAGAGUAUGUGUGCUUAGUUGAAUUUCAGAUCUUUUCAGCAGUAUCAAGCAAGAAAUAUUGCUUCAGAGAUUUGGGGGUGCAUAGUAUUCAAAAGCCAUGUUAAAAGCUCAGUUGGAGUAUUCAAUGUAUUCGAAACCGUUUCAGAUAUUAGAUCAGAACAAACAAAUUUCCAGCCAUCAACUUACUUACAGAUUUCAAGUUAUAGUAGCAUCUAUUAUCAGUAUUCAGAUGAAGCUGCAUAGCAUGUACCUUACUUUGUAAUACCUUGUUCCAACAGUUAUAUAUAGAGGUAUGUAAUUGCGGGUCUGUGGACU